AUGGAUGAGACCAGGUGCCAGAGUGCGCUGCCCAAGAUGAUCGUCACAGGGUUCAAGGAGCUCAACCUGAUCUUUUAUUUCACGGCCGGGGAGACUGAGGUGCGGUGCUGGACCAUCCAGCAGGGCACGCUGGCGCCGCAAGCCGCAGGCGUGAUCCACACCGACUUUGAGCGCGGCUUCAUCAAGGCAGAGGUGGUGGCCUAUGACGACUUCAGGAGCCUGGCGACCUCCAAGUCCAUGGCGGAGGUCAAGGCCGCGGGCAAGUACCGCCAGGAGGGCAAGGCGUACGUCGUGGCGGACGGUGACAUCAUCCAUUUCCAGUUCAACGUCACCGCCGCAAAGAAGAAAUGA